AUGGCUAUGAUAAAACCACGAUCUGGGAUGACGCAGGAGGAGUUGAUGGAACAAGAAGAGAAGGAAUUCACCGUUGGACCGCUCUCCAUUCUCACACAAUCCGUCAAGAACAAUGCACAGGUUUUGAUCAAUUGCAGAAACAACAAGAAGCUACUGGGACGUGUGAAAGCUUUUGACAGGCAUUUCAAUAUGGUGCUCGAAAAUGUGAAGGAGAUGUGGACAGAGCUGCCAAAAACCGGGAAAGGAAAGAAGAAGGCGAAGCCAGUCGCGCGUGAUCGCUUCAUUUCGAAAAUGUUUCUCCGUGGUGACUCGGUGAUCCUGGUGCUCAAGAAUCCACUCGCACAGCCCGAA